UUUUUUCACUUACGGGUCGCCCGAGAAUAUGAUAAAUAUCUCUGCUCACUGAAAGUGGAUGCGAAAACUAACUGUACUGUGAUAGAAGUAAAAGAGCCGAAUGCACUCUACACAACCGAUGUGAUAGCAAUCACUGCCUAUGGCCUACAAGCGAACAGUCUAACCGAUCCGAAUGGUAUUUUCCGCAGAAAUGGCAAAAAGAUUUUCACUUUCAACUGGCUACGAUCACUGGAGGCUAAAGCUUUCUUUUUCUUACCAAUCGUGGUAAAAUUAUUCGGUUUCAAAGUCUUUUCAACCGAUACCACCAUCUUUCUGCGCGACACAAUCAAUCGAACGAUGGAAGAACGUAUGCGCACAGGUACGACACGUAAUGAUCUCAUUGAUAUUUUAAUUAAAUUUCGACAUGAGGCCGAAGAAGAAGCAAAGGAGGGUAAGAAACCAUUUAUAUUGGAACGUGAUGCUUUAGCGGCGCAAGCGGCGAUUUUCUUCUCUGCGGGUUUUGAAACUUCUUCAGCGACCAUGCCGUUUACUAUGUAUGAAAUGGCGCGUAAUCCGGACUUGCAACGUCGGUUCCGUGAGGAGGUGCGUGAAGCAUUCCUGAGUAAUGAUGGCAAGGUGACAUAUGAAAUGAUAAUGGGUCUGAAGUAUAUGGAUAAUGUGGUGAAAGAGGUUUUGCGUCACUAUCCACCACUACCAUUCCUCGACCGCGUUUGUACGCCAAAGGCUGGUGAAGAGGGUUAUUCAUUGAAAGCGUUCAAUAUGAACUUUAAUGUGCCUGCUAAUAUGCCGAUCUAUAUACCACAGCAGGCUAUACAAAUGGAUCCGCAGCAUUUCAAAGAUUCUGAAACUUUUAAUCCCGACCGUUUCCUACCGGAGAACAAGCAUGAGAAUAAUAUGAACGCCUACAUGCCUUUCGGUAUUGGUCCACACAACUGUAUUGGAGAACGCUUCGCUAUGUUACAAACGAAGUUGGGUCUACUCUACUUCUAUCGGAAUCAUUAUGUGACGGUAUGUGAUAAGACGGCGGAGAAAAUUCAAUUGGAUCCUCGUGCCAUCAUCAUACAGCCUGUGGGUGGUAUUCAUUUGAAUGUUGUACGCGAUCCGUUAUUUUAAGAUUUCUUAUGUGAUUAGCGGACUCCUUUGGAGGUUCAUACAAUAUAAUUUAUUUGUAAUUUAUAUUGUAAUUCACAUUAUAGUAUAAUUAUGGAAAAUUUUGUCUUCACUUAAAUGUAAUAUUUCGGGUGCAAAAUAUCCUAUAUUAAGACCUUUCCAUUUUCUCAUACGUUUGAACCAAUUGUCCAAGCAUUGAGGUGUCUCCAUAACAUGCGUUUUAAACGCAUCAACCGCCUAUGCCGGUGUCAAAGAAUGGAAAUAAAAAGGAAUCAUGCGGUGCCAAGUUAGGACUAUGUGGCUGACGAACUAUCAAAUCGAUGUUUUGAGUGCUCAAAAAUUCUAUUGUUUCAGCCGAUGAGUGUGAGCUGGCAAAUAUAUUGAAGAGUGAUGUAUCUUCGCUUGUUGGUUUUUCAGAGAGACGGGAAAAGAAGGGGAUAUCAUUCUAAUGAUCUCCGCCGCAGCUGCAAUUAUAGAGAAGAGGAGGAGGCCAUUGAGCACUACCGCUGCCACUGUCUAGCCUUGACAUCAGCGCGACACAAACUUCUUGGGAAAAAUUUCUUCGAUUGUCUUGCUGAGAUAGCGUUGCCUUUAUAAGGCACACAAAAUGGUUCGAUCAUCUGAGAAGGUGAAGGCAGGAGCCUCAGCGGUAUCACAAUGGGCCGAUUGGCAUAAGUGUACUGGCAACAGCAGCCGCAUCAACUUAACUCAACUGAACUCUCGUGGGUACAGUUGCGACUUUUCUAGCUUUUCCAAAAAAAAAAAAAA